AUGUACGGAGAGACAACCUUAGAACUAGAAUCAAACUUGGCUCUUCUUGAGUCCAUUCGCCACCAUCUUCUUGAUGAUUUGGAGCCUCAGGCAACGAGUUUUAGCGGCAAUAAUGUCUCGGUGACUUUCCCCUUUUUCGUGAAGGAGAAUUGGUGGGAAUCAUCUCUUGAAGCUGAAUAUGUGGACAACACCAUGCAGGACAUGCUUGAAGCUUUGCAUGACGUAAAUUACGUUGGAUGUGUUGUGUCCGACGACGAGGUUCAAUUGAAGGAACAACAAGUGGCGGCGGGUGCUGUUCACGCGCCAAGGGAGGAGAGGCAUUAUAGAGGCGUGAGAAGGAGGCCUUGGGGGAAGUUCGCGGCGGAGAUAAGGGAUCCGGCAAAGAACGGCGCGAGAGUGUGGCUUGGAACUUAUGAGACCCCGGAGGACGCGGGGCUGGCUUAUGAUCAAGCCGCAUUUAAGAUUCGAGGUUGUAAAGCCAAGCUGAAUUUUCCUCACUUGAUUGGCUCGAGUAACAUGGAGCCCGUUCGGGUGACCCCUAAGCGGCGCCGCUCGCCUGACCAAUGCUCUUCUUCGUCCUCGUCUGCAUACACAUUGGAUAAUGGAUCUCCCAAGCCAAAGCUAAGAGAGGCCGGGGUUGAUAAUCACUUGGCAGCUUCAGAUAUAAAUUAAGAGUGGUGAUUUCCCCACUCUAAUUUUAUCAACUUACACUUCAUUUUAUAACUAAAAAAUGAGUAUAAGUGGAUAAAAUUGGAGUGGAAAAAUCAUUACCCUAAAUUAAUAUUAGUUAUGAAAAUGCAUGUAUAAUUAAGUAGCUGAGAAAUGGUUCCUACUACUAGAGUUGCAUUUCUAUUUUCCUUAUUUUUGCAAGGAAGAAAUUUAGGCCUCACUCUAAUCUUGAGUGGGGGAGCAUAUAAGGGCAAAAUGUUCAUCCUCGUUUCUUGUUGGGGAACUAAUAUUUAA